AUGCAGGAAGUACCGCACGCCCACGGGCUCACGACGGGCAACCCUGAGCCACAAUACGCCUCCAACGGCGUCAACACUGGCGUUCCCGCGCGGCACUACGCUGCUGCACCGCCGACCUACCGUCUGGACGACCUUUCGUCUGAGGGCAAGAAGAGCGACCCCGAGCUCAUGAUGCCCGUCGACAAGACUGCCACCGUCCAGGAGGGAUCGGAGAAGUUCCACCGUCUCGGAUGGAAGCAACUCACAGUCUGCCUGAUUGUCGAAGCUAUUGCGCUUGGUUCUCUCAGUAUUCCUAGCGCGUUCGCUACUCUCGGAAUGGUCCCCGGUGUCAUCAUGUGCGUCGGUCUUGGACUCGUCGCAAUCUACACAUCCUACGUUGUCGGUCAGGUCAAGAUGCGCUACCCGCAUGUCAACCACUACUCGGAUGCCGUCGAAAUCAUCUGGGGCAAAUUCGGAAAGGAACUCACUGGUGUCAUGUUUGCGCUCUUCCUCAUCUUGCUGGUCGGAUCGCACGCGCUUACCGGAACAAUCGCCUUUAUCAACAUCAUCGGAAACUACACCACAUGCGCGCUCGUAUGGGGUGUAGUAUCCAUGAUCAUCUUGCUGGUUCUUGCUCUGCCACCCACAUUCCACGACUUCGCUUUCCUGGGCUACAUCGACUUUAUUAGUAUCAUCGCCGCCAUCUUGCUCACCAUCAUCGCAACUGGUAUCCAAGCGCACGAUGCUCCUGGUGGAUUGAGCGCAGUCAACUGGUCCGCGUGGCCUCAACCCGGAACUUCGUUCUACGAAGCUUUCCUGGCGACCACCAACAUCAUCUUCGCCUACUCAUUCGCCGUCUGCCAAUUCUCCUUCAUGUCAGAGAUGCACACUCCCAAAGACUACGUCAAGUCCAUCUGGGCCCUCGGCCUGAUUGAGAUCUUCAUCUACACCAUGACUGGUGCUCUCAUCUACGCUUUCGUCGGCCAGGAGGUCAAGUCGCCUGCUCUUCUCUCCGCCGGUAACACCGUCUCCCGCAUCGCCUUCGGUAUCGCGCUCCCCGUCAUCUUCAUCUCCGGAUCCAUCAACGGCACCGUCGUCUGCCGCUACAUCAUGGACCGCAUCUUCCCCACCUCGCCCAUCCGCUUCGUCAAGGACGUCAAGGGCUGGGGUGUCUGGGUCGGUCUCAUCACCGUUGUCACCGUCAUCGGCUGGAUCAUCGCCGAGGCCAUUCCCUUCUUCAACGCCCUCCUCGGUCUCAUCUCCUCCCUCUUCAUCUCCGGAUUCACAUUCUACUGGCCCGCACUCUUCUGGUUCCAGCUCGUCAAGGAGGGCAAGUGGAAUGCAAACGCCAAGAACAUCUCCUUGAGCAUCCUCAACUCCAUUGUCUUCGUCAUUGGACUGGUUGUUCUUGGUGCCGGUACUUACGCGUCCGUCGAGGAUAUCAUCACACAGUACAACUCCGGUGCUGUACGAAGUCCCUUCACAUGCUCUGCUCAGUCUUACGCAUAG